AUGAAUUUUAUGACGGGCAAAUGUUUAGCACGUUAUGGUUAUUUGAAUUUUUGGACUACAUGUUGCCGUAGUAUAUUAAAGACAUCCGAUUUGUCAAAAAUGUCCGUAAAUGACGACAAAAACUGUAAGAAAACGUCGUACAAAAGUAAUUCUAAGUUUUGUGAAAGAAACACUCUUUCAACUCCGGGACCGGUGUUUUGGACGCAAGUGCGUUUUUGUAAAAUAAUUUCGCAUUACCAUCGGGAUGUAGAAUUUCCAAAUUUUGAUGCAGAAAGGAAAAACCAGUUUAAAGAUGUUGAAAAAACAAAAUGGCUAUCAGGGGAUAAAAAAGUAGGAAUUACGUACGUCGUUGGCUUCUUCGGGCUUGUCUGCGGAGCUUAUGGUGUUAAAGGACACAUGCUUCAUUAUAUUUACUCGAUGUCUGCCGCAGCUGAUGUCAUUGCAUUAGCUUCAAUCGAACUCGACAUAUCAAAAGUGGAACCUGGACAAUGCCUUUCAAUUAAGUGGCGAGGAAAACCACUUUUCGUCAAGCAUAGAACUCCUGCUGAUAUAGAAUUAGAAGCUAAAACUCCACUGUCUUCAUUAAGAGACCCCGAAACACCAGAACAGCGAACGAUAAAACCGGAAUGGUUAAUAGUAAUAGGUAUAUGUACCCAUCUUGGCUGUGUACCGAUAGCAAACUCAGGUGAUUGGCCUGGCGGAUUUUAUUGUCCUUGUCAUGGAAGUCAUUUUGACAACGUAGGAAGAGCUCGAAAAGGACCUGCACCCACAAAUCUGGUCGUGCCGCCUUACAAGUUCCUCACUGAUAACCUUCUGCUUGUAGGAUAA